AUGGUUAAGUGGAAAAGGGAAAGGGAUAAUAAAAUAGUUAAAGACUACAAGUAUGACUUUGUUGAUGUCAACGAGUUCGAAAAACAUGAUUGCCUUGCCAAAAUGCGAUAUUCAGUGGUCUUCUUUAUCGUUUUAAAAGCAAUACUGGUUUAUAUUGCCGAUUUAUAUUCUAUGACAGCAUUAUUACUUAACGACAGUUGGGCUACAGUUAAACCAGCAGUUUCUUUCUCAAUUACAAAAUGGAUUUUCGUCGGUUCAAUUCUUAUGUCUUUCCUAUUAUUGUUUCUGGAAAUGAGAAAAGCAUACGCCAUCGUAAAAUCAAGGGAUAUUUCUGUCUCAUUUACCAAUAAAAUUGCUUAUAGGUAUUAUACAUUAACCAGCUAUGCUCACUGGUGCUUUUUCCAGGAGAUUCAGGACAGAGAAAAAUUUUUAGAUAAAAUUGCUUUCUAUGUUUUCUUUGAAUUUAAAG